GAGCCGAUGGGCUUUAGUCGAUCCGAAGAUCCAAUAAACAAAAGAUGCGUCACGCCUGGGCAAUAGUUGGUCUGAUGUUGCUGCUGUUGCAGCUGGUGAUGUCGCACAAAUUGAGCGAACCGGUGUGCACCUACCGCAACGCAGAGGACGAGACGGUGUUUCUCAAGUAUUUGCCGUUGCUGAAGAAGGGCCAGGACUAUGUUGAUUUCGGCAAGGAGGGCAAGUGCCUAAAGCGCGCCAUCUGCUCGGACACGUUCAAGACCGUCGUCGAGGAGUGCAGCGACCAGAAAGUCACCUGCCACAACAAGCAGCGCUACACGGGCGUCUUUCCCGCCUGCUGCGUCAAGUGCCCCUAGACAGACGUUCAGCUCCUCUGCGCCUGCAUCAAUCGAUUUCAAUGUUAAUCAAUCAAGUUAUCAAUCCACAGCUAGACAAUCACAAUUGUGCUUAGCAUUCAACACAAAUAUGCAAUAAAACGUUUGUCUUUUA